CAAGUUCACAAACUCGAACUCACCGCCACACCCAAAACGCUUGACAGGAAGACUCCGUACAAUCCAUAUUUAAUCGCAUUUUAUCAGAGUCACUUCGCCUAUGCACUGUUCUGUGACUCUGAUGAUCACUUCCAUUAAUCAAGCAGACUUGAACAUUCCUUGACUCAACUCCAUACACAGGCUGCCGUGCUAAACCUGCCCCUCACCCAGCAAUGGUUCUGUGACCACACGCAUCUCCCGCGACCUCGUUUCUUCGGCAAUGCAGCGAUAGCCCUGGUCAAGUCUGAACCCGGUAUUGUCAUAUAUACUAUCUUAGCAUCACCUUUUUUUUUUAAAAAAAAGCACUUUCGGGUCUACCAAGCCACCUGCUUCUGCUGAGAUUCUCGAAUUUGUCACGUUCGCUUUUUUUUUUUGCCCCCUCAUCGCGCCCAUCCUUCUCCCGUCUUCUCCUGACGAGUCUGAACCAUGACCGGACAACAUGACGACCCCAAUAGGCCGUUUAAUAGCGUGGAUGACACCCCGCCACAAGAACGCUUGUCCUCUUACUCAUUUCCCGAUGAUCGGUUGAAGAAAGUCAUGGACAAUCCGGGAAAGACCCCGCUGCUCCUCGUCGCUUGUGGUUCAUUCUCUCCUAUCACAUACCUUCAUCUCCGUAUGUUCGAGAUGGCUGCCGAUUACGUCAAGUUUAGCACCAAAUUCGAGCUGAUUGGUGGUUAUCUGUCUCCCGUGUCGGAUGCAUAUCGGAAAGCCGGCCUUGCCAGUGCACGCCAUCGGAUUGCAAUGUGCCAACUGGCGGUGGAUCAGACCUCGAAUUGGCUCAUGGUUGACCCAUGGGAAGCUUUGCAAAAGGAUUACAGUCCAACGGCGAAGGUUUUGGAUCAUUUUGACCACGAGAUAAAUACCGUUCAUGGUGGAAUCGAUAUUGGCGAUGGCACUCGCAGGCCAGUGCGAAUUGCUUUGCUAGCCGGAGCGGACCUUAUUCACACCAUGUCAACACCAGGAGUCUGGAGCGAAGAGGACUUGGAUCAUAUUUUAGGCCGUUAUGGGACCUUUAUCGUGGAACGCAGCGGUACCGAUAUCGACGAAGCUAUCGCUGGACUACUGCCUUGGAAGGAUAAUAUCUAUGUGAUCCAACAACUCAUCCAGAAUGACGUGAGCAGCACAAAGAUACGACUCUUUUUGAGACGCGAAAUGAGCGUUCGAUAUCUGAUUCCAGGACCGGUCAUCGACUACAUCGUGGAGCACCAUUUAUACGAAGAGGAUAGCGGUACAGGUGUGUCUUCGGCCGUUCAAGAUAAAUUAGGGGAGAAGGUGGACGCCAGGUAUCAAUCUAAAGCGAAAGCGUCGGCUUCGGAUUGAAAACCUGGAGCAGCAACCAUCGUUAUUAUUUGAUUGAUAAUAUCGACUUGCCAGCCUUAGAGGAUCAUUGGCUAUUUACUACGUCACUGGGCUUAUUACACAAGAGCUCGCGAGUUUUUCCAGAUUUCAAAUUUCUGUAUCUUUGUCUUAUAAUCUCAAACGCUAUGGAUGACAGCUGCCAAGAAUUCAUAGAUUAUUUAUGACGGUCCGAUCUUCGCGAGUCAAUCUCCGUCUCUUAUUGAACGCCAUACAGGACAGGGAGCGACACGCAUUCUACAGUCGAGUACAGAUUCGCCAGGAGACGGGGAUGGUCGGAGACGGAAUAGAGACAGAAUCCUAGAGAGGGCCAUGUUCUGGUCCAGUCCCAGCAUUUGGCACGCGGCAAGGAUCGAUGAUACACCACUACAAUGGCGCUGCGAAGCAGUGGAGAUAAUCGUGGGCCGGGUUUUGACCUUUUUUUAAUUGAUGCGUAUUUUGCUCAAGGCCUUUCCCUGAGCAUUCCAGCGAGAUGCAUUUGUGUCAGAUGAGAUGUAAUAUUAUUACCCUUUCCUCGUUACG